AUGUUCGUUACCAACCUGCUGUUUCAGCUUGCACUAGCAUGUUGUGGCUUUGCGCGACAGAUCCGACAGCAGGUCAUAGUCGAUAACGUCUUCGGCCGUGGCGUGUCGUACCAGGGAUUCUACUACGAUAAUUUCGAAGCUUUUCUCGGCAUCAGAUAUGCUGAAACCACUGGUGGAAGCAAUCGCUUCAAGGCUCCCAUUCCCUUUCAACCACAGUCGAAUACUGUGAACGAUGCUGUUGAUCCUGGACGGCCCUGUUUGCAGAGACAGUUCAACGGAACGAUAUCAGCAGACUGCUUGAAGCUGAACAUCUGGCGGCCGAAGGGCACGACUGCAGAGGCGAAGUUGCCUGUUAUGGUGUGGAUUCAUGGCGGAGGCUUCGUCGAAGGAGGCAAAGACUCGAGUGCUACGUUUCCUGGGGGCUUGAUCAAUGACAGUAUCGCCAAUGGCCAGCCAAUCAUUCACGCCUCUAUGAAUUAUCGCCUUGGGGUCUUCGGUUUCGCGCAAUCGAAAUACCUCAAAGAUACGGGUAACGAGAACGUCGGUUUGCGAGAUCAGCGGCUUGCUCUUGAAUGGAUACACGACAAUGUCGCUGCUUUCGGCGGCGACCCGGACAGGAUUGCUAUCCACGGACAGUCUUCUGGUGCUGUCGCCGUGGCAAUGCAAGUCCUGGCUUACGGCGGCUCGAAGCCUGCUCCUUUUCGUGCCGCCAUCUGUCAAAGUCAAGGGCCAGAGCCUGGUACCACGGGAAACUAUACAAGGAACGCUCAAGCUGCCAUUCUGGCGUACACAGGCUGCGAUCGUUUCGACUAUGACUCGAAGGAAGCCAUCGAUUGUCUUCGGAAUAUCUAUGGCCUGGAUCUGCGUGAUGCGCAGAAUGGCACCGCGUGCCAGGAUACUUGCGAGGGGGAAUCACCGAAAGCUGGGUCCGAAGGAAAUGUAAGCUCGGCGCAGGAAACUCCUCCUUGCCGCGUUUGUCUGGAUGGGAACCUUGGAGACGAGUGGCUGCCGGUUGUCGACGGCGAUUUCGUUCCGGAUGUUCCAUCUCAGCUGAUCGCACAAGGACGCAUGGCAGAUGUCGCCCUGAUUCUAGGCUGGACGGCUCAAGAUGGCGUUCCUUUUGCAACUGGCAACAACAUUACGGCUCAAGAGUUCAUGCGACAUUAUCUCCCAGCUCUCGAGCCCCCUACCGUUGACAAGGUGCUGGAACUGUACCCUGCCUCUGACUUUCGACCCAGCUAUCGACCCAACGGAACCAUUUCUUUGUCGGUAGAGGACUAUCGUGCUGCUCAAGUCAUGCGAGACGUUGCUUUCACGUGCAGUGCGGUCGACUUUGCCCAGGGCUUGUCUAGGAUUCAAUCUGCUGGCAAUCAGGUGUUCUUGUACGAGUUCAAUCAGACCAUUUUCACGCCCAACCUGGAAAAUGAUGGAAGAUUUGGUUGGGGUGUUAUACACUCAAGCGAUAUCGCAUACGUGUUUGAUAAUCUGGACAUUUAUCUCAAGCCCGACUCACGUUUGAAGAAGGUGAACAUCACUGAGGUGGAUCGGUCUCUUGCUCAUCAAGUGUCGGGGGCUUGGUCCUCAUUCGCUACUUCCUUGAAGCCUUCCAUCGAAGGAAAGGAAACAUUACAGGGCUGGAUGCCUGCUCAGUUUGCCGAUGGCAAUCUGGGGACUUAUGUCAUCGGAGGAUCGAGCCAGGGGCCGUCAGAAGAGGGGUCUUCAGCCAGGGAGAGUGUGCUGAAAGAGAGGCUGCUCGAGAGGUGUAAGUUCUGGAAUCAAGUUGAGGUGGUUGCGCAGAUGCAGUAUUAG